CGGAAGUGACGACAGAAGCGGUGGGCGGAGACCCAAGAUGGCGGCCAUGGUGCUGGCGGCGACGCGGCUGCUGCGAGGCUCGGGCUCCUGGGGCCGCUCGCGGCUGAGGUUCAGCGCCCCUGCGGGCAGACAGUUCAGUAGCGGCGGUGCCUAUCCCAACAUACCCCUCUCUUCCCCGCUACCGGGGGUCCCCAAGCCUGUCUUUGCUACAGUCGAUGGACAAGAGAAGUUUGAAACCAAAGUCACCACACUGGAUAACGGGCUUCGCGUGGCAUCUCAGAAUAAGUUUGGACAGUUCUGCACGGUAGGAAUUCUUAUUAAUUCAGGAUCAAGAUAUGAAGCGAAGUAUCUUAGUGGAAUUGCUCACUUUUUGGAAAAAUUGGCAUUUUCGUCUACCGAUCGGUUUGCCAGCAAAGAUGAAAUCUUGCUUACCUUGGAAAAGCACGGGGGCAUCUGUGACUGCCAGACGUCGAGAGACACCACCAUGUAUGCUGUGUCUGCCAAUUCUAAGGGCCUGGACACGGUGGUCGGCUUGCUGGCGGACGUGGUCCUGCACCCCAGGCUAACAGACGAGGAGCUGGAGAUGACGCGGAUGGCUGUCCAGUUUGAGCUGGAGGACCUGAACAUGAGGCCCGACCCGGAGCCGCUGCUCACCGAGAUGAUUCACCAGGCUGCUUACCGGGAAAACACGGUCGGCCUCCAGCGCCUCUGCCCCGCGGAGAACAUAUCGAAGAUGGACCGGGCGGUGCUGCACGCCUACCUGAGGAACUACUACACCCCCGACCGCAUGGUGCUGGCCGGGGUGGGGGUGGAGCACGGGCACCUGGUGGAAUGUGCCCGAAAGCACCUCCUGGGCAGCCGGCCGGCGUGGGGCAGUGACGGGGCCGCGCAGGUGGACAGGUCGGUGGCACAGUACACCGGGGGCAUCGUCAAGCUGGAGCGGGACAUGUCCAACGUCAGCCUGGGCCCCGCCCCGUUCCCCGAGCUCACGCACGUCAUGAUCGGCCUGGAGAGCUGCUCCUUCCUGGAGGCCGACUUCAUCCCCUUCGCGGUGCUCAACAUGAUGAUGGGCGGGGGCGGCUCCUUCUCGGCCGGCGGCCCCGGCAAGGGCAUGUUCACCCGGCUCUACCUCAACGUGCUCAACAGGCACCACUGGAUGUACAACGCCACCUCCUACCACCACAGCUACGAGGACACGGGCCUCCUGUGCAUUCACGCCAGCGCCGACCCGAGACAGGUCCGAGAAAUGGUGGAGAUCAUCACGAGAGAGUUCGUGCUGAUGGCCGGAGCCGUGGGUGUGGUGGAGCUGGCGCGGGCCAAGACGCAGCUGACGUCCAUGCUCAUGAUGAACCUGGAGGCCAGGCCCGUCGUCUUCGAGGACGUGGGCAGGCAGGUGCUGGCCACGCGCUCCAGAAAGCUGCCCCACGAGCUGUGCGCGCUCAUCCGCGACGUGAAGCCAGAGGACAUCAAGAGAGUUGCCUCGAAGAUGCUCCGUGGCAAGCCGGCCGUGGCCGCCCUGGGGGCCCUGGGCCACCUGCCGACGUACGAGCACAUCCAGGCGGCGCUGGCCAGCAAGGACGGGCGGCUGCCCAGGACCUACCGCCUCUUCCGCUAGAGCCCGGGGCCGGCGGCGCCUUCUGCUGCGUUCUCUGGGGUGACUUUACAGCCGUGCAGGCUGCGGGCUCUCCCCAGGCGCAAAAGGACGAAUCUGAUGUCUCCAGAGCAGUCCCCGCAGAGCUGAAUGUGCCAAUCAGUGGAAUAAAGCUUUACUCCGUCGCAGCUGCAAACCGAGAGCGCGAGGCUCCACGGGGUCGGCCCUGCGUCCUCACACCCCCGGGCCUUUGAGCAGGUGGGGCCCCGCCAGGGUCGCUGGUGCUUCACUGAGGCCAGCCGGCCGUCGGGAGGCCCGUGCCACCGGCCCCGCUCUGGCCACGCGGUCCCUGGUGACGCACAAGCCGGCUGCCCUCCCCCAGCCUGACAGGUGAGGUGGCGCUCGCGCCGCGAGCAGGAAGCUGCACCCUGACCCCAGAGGCGCCGACGGGGGUCAGCGAGGCCUGCGGACGUGCUGAGGGCGGAGGCCCGAGGAGCCCUGGGCUGCGGUUCAGGGCGGCCCCCCGGCCAUCGGCGGGCUGGGCGGAAACAGCCGCACGGUUUUUUCUAGGGAAGACAAACCCGCGAGGCAGAGGCGGUGGCCCUGCGGUGUGGCUGGGAGGGUCCGACUGCCAUCCCCUCGCGGCGGAGGUGGCUGGCGUGGGGGGGGGGGCACCGUCUCUGGAGCUUCGUGUGGGAGCAGCGUGCCUGGCGGGGAGGCCACGCUGCCCGGGUCGGGGAGGAGUGCCUCCCGCAGAGCCGGCGGCACGGCCUGCCUCCUGCCUCCUGGAAGCUGCCCCGGUGUCUAGUGGGGGCGGCGCUCGUGGGCCCUGCUCCCCGACGCCCUGCGCCUUCCCCCCACUUCAGCUCCCUGAGCGGCCAGGCCUGAGCAGGACUGGGGCAGCCCAGCCGGCUGGGCAGGACUCGGCGCCUUGGAGGGCGGGAGCCAGGCUUCACAUUCAGCCUCGUGCUUGUCGGUCGUGCCCCACAGUUCUUCCUGGAGCUUGCUUUGCAGACCCUGGCGGCUUCCUUUGCGUCGAUGUGCAUUUUCACCUGCCUUUCCAAGUGAGCUCCGUUCCCGCGGACUCCCGCGGCUGUUGCGAAGUAACUGCCUCACUUUGGACGCAGGAGACCUAGGUGGUGACCCCAGGACAGGGAGCUCAGUCUCAAGCCACGCGCCAGGGCCACGUUAACGCUGCCUUUGUGACGGAAGGAUCUCAAGUCACUGAUCCAGAACUCGGCACAUUCGUUUGAGCAGAAUUUUAUACAGACGAUCCUAGCUGCUUGAAACUGGAAGGGAUUGCCUGUCCCUUCUCAUUAGCGGGACCUCUUGUGUCUGAACAGAGCGGGUACCUUGAAAUUUCACAUGUUUUGGAAGCUGAGACUAAUAAAAGUUUGAGACACUCA